UCUAGAACAAAGAAAGAGACAGUAACUGACAGCCCGUCUGUCCUGCUCUCGCCACACUCUGUGCAAGUGAAAAAUCUCUUUCCCAGGUCCCGAUGUUAACCGUACUGUGAAUCUACUCGGGAAGGGAAUCAAAACACAAGUUGGAAUCUGCCGGCGGAGCGAGCGACGGAGGUAUUCUGCAGGGAAUCAACUGUUGAGCUAGCAGGAUGAACUCACACCAGAUAACGGAAGCUGCUCUCAAUCGGUACGAAUCGGACAAGCGUGCGUGGGAUGACGCUAUCAGGGCCUACAAUGGGCCAGAUUCGCUCGAUAUUUGGUUCAAUUAUAUAUGCUGGUUGGAACAGCACAAAAUGUUCGACAAGGACGGAGGAUUCAGGAAAAUCUUGGAACAAUGCUUAUCGACUUUUGAAAACUUUGAAAACUACAAGCAAGAUGUCAGGAUGGUGAAGCUUUGGAUGAAAUUUAUUGAUAUGCAGGCAAAUCCAUUGAACUUGUACCAGUUUCUGUACAAAAAGAAUGUCGGGACACAAUGCGCCUGUUUUUACAUUGGCUGGGCCCACUACUACGAUGCUGCGAAUGCCUUCAAGCAGGCUGAGUCCAUCUUCAAUCUGGGAAUACAAGUGAAGGCUCAACCAAUGGAAGAACUUCAGGAAGCUCAGAACAAGUUUCGACUGUCCAUAGCACAAAGAAUGCUGUACAAUGAUGCAUCGUCAAAGAAAAGGUCUGCAAAUACGUUGGUUGAGCAGAGACAGCAGAUUACGUCGCUGAGUCCACCGCAGAAAAAAUUGAAAACAGAGGGUGGAGAUUAUUAUGCAGUUCAGCAACAGCCUCAGCAGCAGCCGCAGCAACAGCAUCAGUCUCAAAUUCACGUUCAAGCUACUGUUCAGCCACAACCGCAACAGCCUCAGCAACAACCACAGCUCCAGGCGCAGCAACAUUACAAUCACACAAGUUAUUACCAACAACAACAACAGCAACCACAACAAGUAACUGCACCGGUUCCUGCAACAUCAAUUAAUUCUACUGUGUCAGCCGAACGGUACUAUCAGCAGGAUAAACAAAAUGCCGCUUAUUAUCAGCACCAACAUGUCGCAACAAUACCGCAGCAACAUCAACAGCAUACACAUCAUCCGAUACACUCACAGGCGCCAGUACCAUCCCAGCCUCAAUCUGUAGUAGUACAGCAACCCCUUCCUGUACAGCAUCAUCCGCAACGACAAAUCCAGCCACAGCAGCAGCAGCAUCAUCAUCAUCAGCAGCAUCCAAUGAUUGCACAAGCUCCAGCAACCGUUAUAACGCAAUCUCAGCCGCAUUCGAUCCCUGCACAAAGCUCGAUUCAUGUUCCAACAGUUCAGCAACCGAUUCAACUACAGCCAGAACUGCGUGCUCAUCCUCAACUUAUUGUUCAACCGACAGCACCAGUACAACCUCAGACAUCGGUACAGCGCCACACUCAGAUUCCAUCUCAACCUCCGCCGCAACCCCAACCCACAGUCCAACCUGUCCACAAGUCCGUCAUCAUCGAAAACUACGCUCUGGCAAACGAAAGUCUCAUCGAAUGUAAUCUGAACAAUUCGGCGUACGUCAUAUCGUCCUCGCUGAACUAUGUGUACGACGAUGCCAAUCUCACCGGUUACACGCUGGAAGAACAACCUGAAGAGAAGGUUGACACCGAACCGGCUGGCAUUCGAUUACCGGUGAAUUUCGUUCGAGAUGCUCGUUCCAAUCACGAACGAUGGGACGUUCCGUUGUGUCUGGAAGAACCGUACGAGGCCAAUCGUAAGUGUUGCUAUCCGAAGGGAGUUGUAUAUCCGGAUCUAGCUACCGGUAAGCCAACGAUGGAGUUUUCGUUGGAGGAAAUCCGUGCCCGAAAGUGGUACCGCCGGAAAGAGGAACUGGAAGAGCAGAAGAAGCUUAAACAGCAACAGCUGGAGGCGGAAAAGCAACGCCAAGAGAGACAACGGCAGUUGCAGCUGCAGUAUCAACAGCAGCAGCAACACCAGAUGAAUUAUGUUCAUCAUCAACAGCAUCCUGCUGUAGCUGCGCCGCAAAGGAACUAUGCACCAUCCAAUCAGUAUCAGCAAAUUGCCUACCAACAGCAACCGCAACAGCAAACAGCUCAUCAGUAUCAACAACCUACCCGACCAUCCACGGUCGUUCAUGCUCCACCCCAACCGGUUGCGACGAUACAGCAUGCGAAUCACUAUUAUCAUCAGCCUCAACACAGUGUUCAGCAGCAACAUCAACCAACACACCAUCCAUCUAAUCCAUCAACCCAACACCAGCCUGUCCAACAGGUUCAAAAUUCGCCGGUACAACCGAAUCAGCUACCCCCCGUACAAAACAGCUAUUCGCCAUAUCGCCAUCCAUAUCCUCCACAACAACAACAGCAGCAACAACAACAGCAGCAGCAACAACAACAGCAGCAGCAACAACAACAGCAGCAGCAACAGCAACAACAACAGCCGCCACAAAGUCAAUACCAACCUCCAGUUGCUACUCCGGUUAUUCAGCACCCCGUUCAAAAUCCGGCCCCGGCGACGACCCCGUAUCCACAACAUUCGCCUUACCAAAAUAGUCAAUAUGGGGGCUACAACCAACAGAAUUACACCCACAAUCAACCGGGUCAUCAUGCCUCUCCUGUGCAGGCACAAUCUCCUCAUCAUUACCCCCCUCAGCAACCAGCACAACAGCAACAACAUCCCCACCAGCAGCAGCCAGCACUGCCUCCACCCCCUCCGCAACUUCAACAACCGCAUCAUGUCGUGCAACAGCAGCCCCAUCCAGGUUACGCACCUCACGUUCAAACUAGACCCAAAACUCCUAUCCAACAACCAAUGUAUCAUCAACCUGCACCUCAACCUGCACCUCAACCUGCACCUCAACCUGCACCUCAACCGGCACCUCAAUCUGCGCCUCAACCUGCGCUUCAACCUGCACCUCAACCCGCGCCACCAGUUCCUAGACCCAUAACCCCUCUUCUGCAACCACCAACCAAGCCAACACCAGCUACUCAGCCCAUCCAAAGGCCACCGCCUUCCGCUCAGCAAGCACCAAAACUUCUACCGCCUAAACAACCCCCACAACCUCCGUUACGACCACCUGCAGUACCCAUCGCUGUUAAACCAAUGGCCUCCGCUAACAGUGGCACAUUCAGUAGCUGCGAUGACUUUGAAGAACAAAUCGAAGCAUCCACGAUCCGUUUCUCAACGUCAGCUGAGAAUGGAACGAGCAAGAGCAAAACCAUCACUAUCAAGUUCAAAAAAGAGAAAGCCUCCUAUGCAGCACCUAGUCCAGUCAACGUACCUGGCCUCAACCAGCAACCGAAGCCGACUGUUAGCUCCGCUAGCCUGGUUGCGAACCAUGAUUCCGGCAACAAAACCAAAAAAGUUCCUCCCUCCGGAACGGCAACAAACUCCAAUUCCGUGGCACAUCACCAGCCACAGCAGCAGCAGCGGAAGAAUGUUACGGCUUCAUCUACGGAACGGAACAAAUCCACCAGCAAGAAAAGCAAGCCAGCUGCUAACAAAACCAAAUCCAAAUGCGAUCCGGAUGCGACUGUUGUUCCGGCUAAUCGUGUGAACGAUGCCAACCUGCUGCUUUCACUCUCGGGGGAACACGACGAUUCGUUUCGGUCGUAUGAUUCUUCACCGGGAAUCGAGAGGAAGAAAAAUAAGAGCAAAUCCAAGGCUCGCUACAUAGAUGAUGAGGGCGAGGCCGAAGUAUACGAGCAAGAAAACGAUCAGUACCUGGAUUCGGAAGAGGAAGAAUUCGACGACGAUGAUGACGAUGAUGAUUCGGAGGAGAACGAUUCCUCCUAUCAAUCAAAUUCCGAAUUCAAUACCUCUUUCAGCAAUAUAUCAUUCGCUGGUGAUAACAGCAAUGGUGCGUUCAACUUUGGUGGCAGUUCAUGUUCGACUCCCUUGCGGCAUACUCAGACCUCCGGAGGAGUCUCGAAAACUUCGACGCCCAUAGGGUCAUUCCGGUUUCUGAAGAAACAUGAAUCGAAUCUCUCGUUCGGCCAGAAUGAAGACUCGAUGAAUUCGACCGUCGUGGAGAAUAGCUACUUCCAGACCGAACAGGAUGAGGAAGCUAACCGACGGCGGAAGGAGAAAGCUUUGGCCAUUAUCGAUACGCACUUGGGCAAACCAUUCCUGGAUCCGUUCAGCAGUGAAUUGUGCAAGGCGUUCCUCACGAAGAUAGAUUUCCCAUCGCGGGAAAAUGUGGAUAACUACAAGAUUGUAAAUAAUAAUCUACCUAAACUAAUCAAGUCGCAAACGACAUCGCUCGGAGGAACUGUGUACAGUAUCGAGAAGGAAGUUGGCAGGGGCUCGUAUGGAUCCGUGUUCCGAGCGGUGAAUGGGCAGACUGGUGCGGUGGUUGCCAUCAAGUACCAGAAACCGGCCAACACUUGGGAGCUGUACAUUUGCACAGAAGUGAAGAAACGGAUCAAAAAUCUUGAUAUCCUACCUGGUUUUAUGGAUAUAUGCUCGGCUGUGAUUGCACCGAAUGCUAGCGUUCUGGUGUCGGAAUUCUCGCAGUAUGGUUCUCUGCUGGAUAUUAAUAAUAAGAUACGAACGGCUACCACUAAGGUGAUGCACGAAUCGCUGGUUAUGCAUUUUAGCAGCCAGAUCCUGUCGAUUGUGGACUACUUGCAUGGGUGUAACAUCGUCCACGCCGAUAUCAAGCCCGACAAUUUUCUGCUGAUGCAAAUACCGACAGUGGAAUCUGACAUACCCACACUCCGGUUGAUAGAUUUUGGUUGUGCCAUCGACAUGAAUUUCUUCGAAAAGAAGCGGCAAUUCAAGAAGGUUAUACAGACAGAUGGAUUCACGUGCAUCGAAAUGCAGGAAGGCCGACCGUGGUCAUUCCAGACUGAUUUGUUCUGUGUGGCGGGAACGAUCCACGUGAUGCUGUUCGGUGAAUACAUGCAGCUGACGAAGAAGUACGACUCCGAUUGGGACAUCAAACAGAAACUGCCAAGAUAUCUUAAAAAGCAUGUCUGGACUGAAGUAUUCCAAAAGCUGCUUAACAUCAAGGAUAUCAAACACAUGCCAAAGCUGGGAACAUUGAAGGAGCUGAUAGAUGCCGAAGCGUUCAACAUGGAAUCAGAACUGAUCAAGCACAUACGAACGCUGUCAAAUCUGCUGAAACGGCGCUAGGUAAACGCCUUUGUGGUGUUGUCGAUGUAUUUGGUAAGUGUGAUUUCCUCCCUAUCCUAUGUGGAGUUUGCGUGACAUGAUCAUUGAAUUUUGCACCUAUCUAAUAAUCUAAAUGGUAAGCGCAGUGUAGGUGUACAUAGUGAGUCGAAUCGAAGAUGAAUCAAAAACUAAUAUUUAUACCACAUAGUGUCUGAAAAACAGGAGCAAACAAAUAUUCAUAGCAGCAACAAUACUAAAUAGUCAGAUGAGGAACAGGAUAUAUCCUCUUGGUAGGGUAUAGGGAACCUGCUUGUAUAUCAAAUUACCUAGAAUAUGUAUUACGAUCGUGUAUAGAAACUCUGCGUUUAGCUAGAGGUAUAUUUAUUCUUACCUUACAUUAGAAAGGGUUCAAAACACGUUAGGGUUCUAAGUAUAUGAAAAGUACUGACAAAAUUGUAAUCUAUACAAUUGUAUAAUUUUCGUGGAAUUAGUGAACACAAUAUUGAAGAGUUUAUUUCGUUGCCACUUGAGCCAGAUUUAAUUACGUUUAUAGUAAAUUUACAACGGAAUUUCGUUUAGUCCAAAGAGCAUCUGUUUCGGAGAAACAGGAAUCAUUUUUUUUUGUUAGAUCAUACGAACAUAAACAUCUUUGCUUUUGAGAGAAAUGUGAUUUCCGCUAACAACCCUGAAUCGUGUGGAUAUAGUCAGAUGAUUGCACAGUUUGUAAGUAAAAUGAAAUAGCAACGGAUAUGCGUACGUUAUAGAUACUUAUUGCAUAAUAUUGGCACACGCUGAAGAAGGCAUAUAAGCAUUAGAAAGGAAAAAUAAAAUCGAAAAUGGCAAACAUUC